AAGACCUCCACCAACACCACCACACCCCAUGCGAUAGGCCGGAACAAAGACUCGCAUCGGCCGUCUCGUCGCCCUCGACUGCCUGACAUACUCUGCAUGCCCACGGUGUAUUUACACAUGUGCGUACACCCACCAGUCCAUCCGCCCAUCCACCAGUCCACGCAAAAAGAGCGCCGUCGGCAGCGACACCAGAGGGCGUGGUAGCAUUGGCCCCUAGCCUUUUUACCCUGGCACUGGCACUGGCUCUGGCUCUGGCACCCACCCGCCGCCGCCGCCAUACAUACCGUCCCCACCGCGACCCAGCUCGCACAGUCGCAGCAAUCUCGUCAAGCUGUCUGCAUAGGCCCGACGUGGUCGAGUUGAGCGCUCGCCCUACGCCCAGUGCGCCAGGUCCUCGCAGGCCCACGUCUGCUCCCUGCAUUGUGCGUACCACCGGCACCAGCACAUCUUCGCCAUGUCGUCGGCCGCUGCCCCAGCUUCGCCUGCUGUCGUGCGCACUUCUUCCACCUCGCGCAGGUCUGGAGACCGUCCCAAUCGCUCCAACUCCUCCCAGGUCCGUCCCAGCCCUCACGCGCCUGCGCCCACGCCCACUCGUCAUCACCAGCCCGCCCUGAACAACGUCACCCGCCGCGACCACGAACAGUCCAACCUCGCCCAGGACCACCACCCGCCCUCCCGCCACUCCGAGGACCCCUCGCGCCCCGACUCGAGCAGACGAAGCCAUUCGCGGUAUGCGUCUGACGCGUCAACGGCUUCCGCAAUGCCCAUCAACGGCGUAGCUGUCGAUGCCCGAACGGUGCAACAACAGCCCGUCAACAAGCGCAGGACCACCAUCACCGCCCCGGCCACAGGAACAUGGGCGCUAGGCAAGACAAUCGGUGCCGGCAGUAUGGGCAAGGUCAAGCUCGCCAAGAACGUCGACACUGGAGAACAGGCCGCCGUCAAGAUUGUGCCUCGCCAGUCGCAGGACCAGCACCAGAGCGCUGCUGACCGCGAGCGAGCCGACCACUCCAAGGAAGUCCGCACCGCCAGAGAGGCCGCCAUUGUUAGCCUCCUGAGCCACCCUUAUAUCUGCGGCAUGAAAGAUGUCGUCCGGACAAACUUCCACUGGUACAUGAUGUUUGAGUUUGUCAAUGGCGGUCAGAUGCUCGACUACAUCAUCUCUCACGGCCGCCUCAAGGAAAAGCAGGCUCGCAAGUUUGCCCGCCAGAUCGCCAGUGCCCUCGACUACUGCCACCGAAACAGUAUCGUCCACCGCGAUCUCAAGAUUGAAAACAUCCUUAUCAGUAAAAUGGGCGAUAUCAAGAUUAUCGAUUUCGGUCUCAGCAAUCUCUUCUCUCCCCGGAACCAGCUCAAAACCUUUUGCGGAAGUUUGUACUUUGCCGCCCCCGAACUCCUCCAAGCCAAGCAGUACACCGGCCCCGAAGUCGAUGUCUGGAGUUUUGGUAUUGUUCUAUAUGUCCUUGUUUGCGGAAAGGUGCCCUUUGACGACCAGAGCAUGCCCCAGCUACACGCAAAAAUCAAAAAGGGGCAUGUCGACUAUCCACCAUGGCUUUCUACUGAAUGUCGCAAUCUAAUACACCGGAUGUUGCAGACGGAUCCCGCCCAGCGACUGACACUCUCAGAGAUUAUGGUCCAUCCCUGGCUGACAAAGGGCUUUAACAGCCCCCCAGAAAACUAUUUGCCUCACCGGGAACCCAUUCAACUACCCCUGGAUCCUGAAGUCGUUGAGAAGAUGCAGGGGUUCGAUUUUGGCACCACUGAAUAUAUCACCGCGCAAUUGACCAACGUUAUCCAGUCGGAAGAGUAUCAACGUGCUGUGCGACUGGCAGCACGCAAGGCUACCGCACAGACGCCAGAUACGGAGAAGAAGAGGGGCAUGUUUGACUUUUACAAGAGGCGGAAUUCGAUCGGGAGCAGAGAGCAAUUGACGGCCUCGUCCUCUGAAGAUAUUCAGAGAGGCUUGGACCCCGUGAAUGCAUAUAGCCCCCUGCUGUCGGUUUACUUCCUCGUCAAAGAAAAGAGAGAUCGUGAGCGGCUCGAGACCGCCGACCCAGGCCCUGUGGCUAUCCCUCAGGCUCCAGAAGAGAAGCCACUCAAAAUGCCGGAUCUCCCAGCACCGCCAGCUGCGUAUACCAAUUCAGCAACUUACGAAAUGGCGGGCGAGAAGCCUACAGGCGGGAGAUCACGGCCUAGAGCAAGGACGCAUGGUGAGGACGACAUUACCGACAGUCUUAAGAGAGUGGAUCUGAACAGUCUGCCGCCGGUUCUUCCCCCACAAGUCGAGCAGCAAAAGAAGGAGGGAGCUGCUGCUGGUCUUUUGCGCCGUUUUAGUACUAGAAAGUACCGCAGUCAUGACAAGGAAAAGGUGGAACCGUUGCCACCACCACCCACGCCAGCUGUUGCGAUUUCUGGUCCCCCUGAGCCAGUUUCUGCACCCCCAACUUCAAUCCCAAGGAAGAGCUUUAGUAUUCGACGGACACGCGACCGCGAUGCAGGAUCAGCCUCACACCUUCCCGCAAACGCCAAUAACCAGCCCGAAUUGCUCUCACCUCCUGGAACUAGCAACACUGCCGCCCGCAAACUGAAAGCACUUGGCCGCUCUACCAGUGUUAACUCGGCAGAUCUGCGCAGACGACUCAGUCGACGGGGACGAUCUUCAGAAGAUCCUGGAAACCCUCCACCCACAAGUGGAUCAGACAGAUCCGAGAUGAGUGCGCAUAAGGCUCGAGCAGCCAAUGAUACUGCUUCGGACGACCUUUCUUCAAGCUCACGGCAUAGUCAGACCUCGCGGGCGAAGUCUCUGGGUCAUGCGCGAAGAGAGAGCAUACAGGCCCGACGUGCCAAAAGAGAGCAGGCAAAGGAAGCGAAUGUACCCGAAGAGACGGACGCAGAACUCGCAGAAGCGCAGGCAGAAGCCAGUCGGAGUCCAGAUGCCGUCAAGCCCGUUUUUCUCAAGGGCCUGUUCAGCGUCUCUACUACCAGCACAAAGCCACUCGCCGUCAUUCAAGAUGACUUGAUCAGGGUUUUGGAUCAGCUUGGUGUAGAAUGGACAGAAAUCAAAGGUGGAUUCAGAUGUCGACACUCACCUAGUAUCGACAUGAAUAGAGCAAUGGAUCCAUCUACAUCGCCACCUGUCGGAGGACAUAAGAGGAGAAUCAGCUUUGGGGGCUUCAUAGGUGGCGACAAGGAGCGUGAAGAGUUACGGGACCAAACCCGCAAUCCCAACACACCAAAAUCACGCUCGCGACCAUCUCCCGCAGACCGCAGCUAUACGAAUACUGAUGAGUCUGAUGGCAGUGAAGACCGUGACGAGCGACGACCACGACGUGCAGUACCUGCUGGUGAAACGUCGACGCAUGUACAAAGUGACAUGGGCUCCAACAUGAACCUCGUGUUUGAGAUAUUGAUCGUCAAAGUCCCUCUGUUGACAUUGCAUGGUAUCCAAUUUAAGAAGGUGGAUGGAGGAACCUGGCAGUACAAGAACAUGGCUCAAACUAUUCUUUCAGAGCUUAGGCUAUGAUGAUUCUUUGUUGUAAAGGGAGUAGGAGAGUGUUUGACCUUUUUUUUCACUUCGGAUAUUGGCAGGCAGACGUCAAUUUUUGGAACUUCAACUAUGCACUGUAAUUCUUUUUCUCUUUUUCGAUUAGUUCAGAAGGUUUUGGGAACAGAUUUUCCUUAUGAGUAGAACCACCGCCCACGAAUUUCAUUUGUCAUUUGCCCUGUAAUGGUUGGAGCGGUCGGAGCAGAUGAAAUCUUAGCAGUCUGAUAUCAAUGAAUCGUGAAUCGAGCUCUCUCU